CAUACACACAUUUACAGUGUCUAAAACAACACAAAGGAGAGCUGUCUCCUCUGGAGUGCUUAGAUUGGAAACCAAACCCUGGAUUUUAAUAUUUUGGCUCUACAUUUACAUCUUCGGGUCCAAUUUGAAGAUAUUUCACAUUAAAACAGGAAUAAAACUCACAUUAUUUGAAAGAUGUUUCCCUGGUCAGUAGUGUUUUCCCUGGAGCCGAAGGUUCCCGGCCAGCGCACUCCAGAGGAGCUGGUGACCAACACUUUGAUGCUGGAGCUGGGUGCCAUGGUGAAACGGACCGAGCGAAUCCGGCUGGAGAAGGCAGCAGAGACUCGCAGACGCCGCAACUCUUCCUCUGCAGACUACAGCUGGCUGGCCGGCACUCAGCCACACGUCCCCUACGAGCUCACACCAGGAGACGUGCUGGAACUGCAGGACCUCUGUGCACAGAUCCCACCUCAACAGUGCGGCCCGGUCAUUGUCAGGUUCAGGAAGCUAGUGUCAGAGCUUGAGGCGGAGGUGCACGACGUCCCCAAACUGUUCCGGGGCGUCCUAAGAAACUGCCUGGAUGAGCUUCAGGGAGACGCAGAGCUCGAGAAUCGGGUGAACCGUUGGGAAAAACAGCGCAGCAAGAGCCUCUCCUUCGUUACGUUUCGAUCCAAGUUCCGCACCCUGAACCGCGGGAAGGGAAGCUUCGGUGGUUCCCGCAACGACCUGCAAGAGGAAAACACAUGGUCUGAUGAAGACGAGGAAGCAGCCGAACAGGUGACAACCGCCAUGCGCACCAGGAAGGGACGGAGCCUCAGCAUGCCAGAGAUCACUCCUCUUGAGCAGGCGGCUCAGAGCUGAACAAGAGGAAAAGAUGAAGAGAAAGACAGAGGAAAGAAGGAUUCGUUAAGCUUGAAGCCUUCGAGGCAAGUUGGCAAUGGAGGAGAAAGAAAAGAGGCGGCGGCAAAGAACAAGAGAAGAAAAUCCGAAUCUAGGAGACAUCCUGAAAGACUAAAGCUUAUGCUUUCAGAUUGCAAGACAAACACUGUUCAUUUGUUAAUCGAACCAAAGAACACUGGCCUAGUCUUUUUUUUUUACUUUCUAACAUGUGCUUAAAUAUUUUGAAUAUUUGGAUGUAAAUAUAAAUAUUUGGCAUAAAUGUGUGCAUUUUCACAGCUCAAUUUUUCUGUGAUAGUGAAGCUCACAAAACUUGUCAAGAAUAUGUCCAGGUCAUAUUUCUGGAAGAGAAAAAAAACAUUUCUAAAAUAAGUGAACAAAAUAAGAAAAAAAAAGUUAAAAUAAUAUUUUUUUUAAUCUGUAAACUGUACACCAUUUUAAAGUAAUGAAUAAAGAAAAUUUACAAAAUAAUAAAACACUCAAAAUGUGAACUGUGCUACUGAAUUAUUAAAACAAUGUCAGCUUUCUUUUCAUUUUGGUGUGACAUAUUCCAUGUUUUGUGAGAUUCACUCUACAAAAAUUCUACAGCCGCAGCGACAAAAGCAACAUUAGCCAUAAUCAGUUUCUCAGAUGUAUUUUAAUAUGUACUGUUUGUCCUUACAUAACAACAGUGUUCAGUUUAUACAAGAGAUGCAGACCAUUCAGCUAAAAAAAGCCUGGAAACAGGAGUCUUCAUAAAAAGUGCUCAUUAAAUAAUACACUGUACAUCGUUCAUGAGUUUGAUUUGAGAUAUUGUGGCAUGUGUGGGAGAGAGAAAGUCUGUGAUUUACCAAAUUAGAGUUUGACCUCGAAAAUGCUGCUUCUAAGUGAAGACGACAUCAUCUCUGCCAGCUCCCUCUCCCGUUUCAUUAUUCACAGCAUCACAGCAUGAAGGAGCUGAUCUUCAGUUCUUUGCGCAGGUGGCCAAUAUGUUCAUCAGGCCAAAGUUGCUCCUCACAAAUGAAGGAAACGCACCCAGCAUUCAGUUCUCAGAGUACCGAUCGGUUUCAUCACCAGACGUUCAGACGUCCUCUGCAUUGGCCUGGAACGAAACACGUCCUGAUGUAAUGAAUGAGCAGUUUAUAGCUUUAGAUCUGUCUGGAGUCUCUUUGGGCCCUUUAAACCACACUGUGAUCUUUUAAAUUCUAUAGUACUGUAUAAAACACUGGUCUUCAGUCGCACCUUGUUUAUUCCUGCACGAAGCAAAAUCAUAAGACCAGGCAACUUCCUGUAACUCCUCGUGUAUUUGGCAGAAUCAAACUCAAAAAAA